GUGAUAAGGCGUUGAGGAAGUUACUGGCGGCCAUUUUGUUUUUGGCAAGAGUGGUCGGUUCUGAGAGCACCGCCAUGGAUUCCAAGGGAAAUAAAGUACUCGUCUGUGAUAAUGGAACAGGGUUUGUCAAGUGUGGAUUUGCUGGGUCGAACUUCCCAGCGCACAUCUUCCCUUCGAUGGUGGGUAGACCGAUUAUUAGAUCAACAGCGAAAGUGGGAGACAUUGAAGUAAAGGAUUUGAUGGUUGGCGAUGAAGCCGGGAAACUGAGACACAUGUUAGAGGUGAAUUAUCCAAUGGAUAAUGGAAUUGUUCGAAACUGGGAUGACAUGAAACAUGUGUGGGACUACACGUUUGGAGAGAACAAGCUUAACGUGAAUCCCAAAAAUUGUAAAGUUUUACUCACUGAACCGCCCAUGAAUCCCAUGAAGAACAGAGAGAAAAUGAUCGAGGUCAUGUUUGAAAACUACCAAUUUGAGGGUGUUUAUAUUGCUAUCCAGGCUGUUUUAACUCUGUAUGCUCAAGGAUUGCUGACUGGCGUUGUGAUAGAUUCGGGUGAUGGAGUGACUCACAUUUGUCCAGUGUACGAAGGCUUUUCUCUUCCACAUCUUACAAGAAGAUUAGAUAUAGCUGGACGAGAUAUUACCAAGUACCUCAUCAAGCUGCUUUUGCUCAGAGGGUACGCCUUCAAUCAUACAGCUGACUUUGAAACUGUUCGGAUGAUGAAAGAGAAGCUCUGUUAUGUAGGAUACAACAUUGAACAAGAACAAAAGCUGGCUUUGGAGACGACUGUUCUUGUAGAACAGUAUACUCUCCCAGAUGGACGAGUGGUGAAGAUGAGUGGAGAGCGAUUUGAAGCACCUGAAGCUCUGUUCCAACCCCAUCUUAUCAACAUUGAAGGAGUGGGCGUGGCAGAGCUUCUCUUUAACACUAUUCAGGCAGCCGACAUUGACACCAGAUCAGAGUUUUACAAGCAUAUUGUACUGUCUGGUGGUAGCACCAUGUAUCCUGGCCUACCAAGUAGACUGGAGAGAGAAAUCAAACAGCUGUAUCUGGAGAGAGUGUUGAAGGGAGAUACUACAAAGUUGUCGAAAUUUAAAAUCCGAAUCGAAGAUCCGCCCAGGAGAAAACACAUGGUAUUCCUCGGUGGUGCUGUGUUGGCCGACAUUAUGAAAGACAAGGACGGAUUCUGGAUGACAAGGCAGGAAUAUCAAGAGAAGGGUCUUAAAGUUCUAGAGAAGUUAGGUGUAAAGGUUGGCUAGGUAAUUCAACAAAAGGCAUAUAGAUCUUUGUUCACUUUAGGAAAAAGGCAGGAAAAGUUCAAAUUGAAAUGAUGACUAAACUUCUUGAAGCAAGCUCUCUUGAUUGAUAAUGUUAUGUCUUCAAUAACAAGCCCGUAAUUGCAUGCUUUGCUAUAAUUUUAAAAAAUCUCUCAUCUCCAGACACAAAGAGCUUCUAUUUGACCCUUUUAAGCUUUGAUGUUAAUGUACAUAAAUGCUGUUCACAGGCCACUCCCUAUCAAGUUGGAAGAGUGCAGUUGUAAUGUUAACAGAACAAAUGUUGGGUGAUCAUUGCACGGGUGUCUUAAAGUAGUGAUGUAUUGAUACAGAGUUAGAUAUUACUUAUUCUUACAGCUGAAAGGGUCAACCAAAAGCUCUAAAAAAAAAAAAUGAAAGAGACUGUCACAUUCCUUGGACAGCUUCUGUACUUGUACAAGAGUAGGUCAUUGUCGUUAGGACGGACAGUAGCCUGGUUCACACUAGCGAGAUAAUGAAAAGGUCAGAGAAAUGAACAAUAAGAAAACGCUGUCAUUUUGUCAUGUUGCAAAAUGUCCCUGACCGCUGAUCCAGUCUGGAUUAAAUGAGAAAAGAAAAAGUUUUGAUAUUAUAGAGAUGUAGAUAACCUCUGAGAGGCAUGAAUAGUUACAAGCUUGAUGUUUUAGCAGGAAAUUUAGAAUGGUAUUUUUUUUUUUUUGUUAUUUGGUCCAUUGUACUAUGUGCCUGCUACUGUACAUUCCUUUUAUAUGGACAACAAAAAAUGUUAAAAUCAUUACUUGCAUUCUCUUUGGACUUUUUUUAGUAUUUUUCAUUGUUUGUUGCUUUGACCGAAAGAAUAAAUAUAAAUAAAGAGUUAAAGUAAUUUUCAUACAUAUUGAGUGACCUUCAGAUUUUUCACUGCCUAUUUUAAGCCCAGGUCUGGGUUGUUCAAAGCCCAAUUAACCUAACCCAGGAUCAACAAGAAUUUCAAUUUCAGUUUUGUAACUUUUCAGUCAGUCUGUCAGUUUUUGUUGUUUGUCCUUCUGUUUUGAGUUUGUGUAAUCUCAAACUGCACAAAACGUAAGCAGGAAAAACAUGUUUAUACCAGCAAAAUUCAUACGUGUAUUAUUGUUAAUCCUGGGUUAGUGUUAUACGGCUUUCAAACAACUCAGCCUAAUUCUUGAUUGUUUUCAUCAAACCAUUCAGAAACCAACCAUUAGUAUGAAGCUUUGAAUAGACCUUAUUCACAAUAGGCACUGUGGUGUUUUCUUUCAAUUAACAUGCAAAUUAGCCAUGCGGUCUAGCAGGAGGUAAACAGUGGACAGAAGACAGUUCUUGGAAAAUCAGCUUGUUCCAAUAGUGUAACAUUUGUGCAAAAAUGAUUUUGACAGCCAAGUUAUGAAAUACUGAUAUCAUUGCUGUGAAGUAUUUUUAAUAUUGUUAACAAGUAAUUUGUUUUCUAGAAAUGCACAUGUAAAUAAAGAGUAAUUUAUGCUAAAAGCAUAGCAUGGCUUCGUAAAAUGUAUGUGAGGUACAUGUAAUAGGAAACCAGUUGAUUUGAACUUAUUUGCCCCUGAAGUAAUCAUGAGCUUAAUGUAAUUUAAUAUGAAAACAACGGUGGCUAUUAUGAAUGAGGUCUGUUGUCUGAACAGUUCCUUCCUGUUUGACAAUUCCGUAAGAGUCAAGAAUAGAUGCUCCAUGCUGUUUUAUCACUUGAACAGAACACAGUGUCUUUUCACUUAUGAGAAAAUGGUUUUGAGGCAAGGUGUCUCUUGAAAUGAUCAAGUCUCUUAAUUCUCCUAAGUUUUUUGUUUGAGUUCUAUUAAAAAAGAUGAGAAUUUAGAACUUGCUCAGAUCAUGGGACUCACAGGGGUUUUAUCUUCCUAAGAUAAAGCGAAGUAGCAGUAUGGAUUUUAGACAACAGUGCACGGUUGCACUACAAACAGCACCAGUAUUUUAUUGCAUUAAGGUGCUGCAGAUGCAGACACAAACUUGAAGAGAGCUUGGAUUUCUUGUUUGUGAAGAGUUUGUGGACUGUACAGAUUAGUUUCUUAUUCGUUUGUUACUAAAAAGAUCAUUCUAAAUAUUUUGGUAAAGUAGUAUUUCCUAGUUCCCUUGAUAAUGCUAAUUACUCAUGUAAUGUUGUCACUCUCGAUUCUCCAUGUGAAGGAUCUUGAUAGAUGUGAAUGCCAUGUCAAAGAGAGAGCUGGAAAUUAAAUGUUUUCUACCCGGAAG